CAAAAAAGAGCAGUGAAUCAAAUUAGGGCUUCAAAUCAAAGCUGGAAAUUUCUCCUUUUCCCCAUUCUCUCAAUUCCUUUCGAAUUAGAACUCUUUCAUGCUCGAUCUCCACUUCUCUAAUGGCGUGGGCGCCGUAAUUCUGAUUAUAGAUCUAAGUGGGACAUGAAAACACAGGAGAUUGUGUAUACUUGAUUAAAUUGAGGGAUUAUUGAUGGAAAGCAGCAAAAAAAAGUCUGGUGGCGUUGAAAUUCCUAAGAAAAACCGUUCAUUAGAUCUCAAGAGCCUCUAUGAACCCAAGUUUUCUGAAGUAAGGAAUAGUAAGAAGAAAGUUUGUGAUGAAAAUGAUGGGGAAAAUGUUAAAAAGAAAAAAAGGAAGAGUAGAAAGGAGGUUCCCCUGAGUAGUCUCGAGAGUGAUGCUAAGAAGAGUAGGAAGGAGGAUGUAAAUGGUGUAAAACCAGAGCUAGAUUUUGGAAAAAAAUUGAAGGACGGGAGUGAAGGUCUGCAUGAAAUCUCGUUGCCUUUGGGAAACAAUGGAAGUUCUUUUAAUAUCCCAAAGCGUCCACGGGGUUCUGUGAGGAGGAAAAAGUUGAAAAGUGAUCAAGGUUCUGAGCCGACCAGACAUUCUGAUUCUGCUGAUUCUGCAGGAGAAGUCAAGGCUGAAGUUACUAAAUCUGAGGAUGGGGAGGCCCUCAAUGACCGAUUAGCUCAGGUAACAACCCCUCUAUUGGGUAAUGACAGUGUUUCAACUGUGAAAUCCAAGAGAAAGAUAAAUGGUUCUAGUUCAAAAUCAAAGCAGAAGUCUGAUUCAAAACCUGCUGUGAAGUCUAGUGGUUCAAAUGUGAAAUCAAAGCAGGAGGUGGGAGCUGAAGAAGUUGAAGAUGACAGGAAUAGUGAGCCUGGUUCAGCUUGCCACACAGGGAAAGAAUGUAAUCCAGUUGUAAAUAAUAAUGUUCCACCGCGUAAAAGAAAGCAGAGAAACAGUCAGAAGAAAAAGGAUGUAGUACUUAGCAGUGAUAGAGGUGGUGCCGAGGCUAAAACUAAGAAGUCUCAACCUUCUAUGGGUAGUUCAUCAAAUAAGCUGUUUGUUGAUUUUGUGGAUGAGGACGAUGAUGAUGAAGAGAAUCUUGAGCAGAAUGCUGCAAGGAUGCUCUCCUCUCGGUUUGAUCCAAGCUGUACUGGCUUCUCAUUGAAGAAGUCUCCAGUUUCUCAGAAGGCCGAUGGAUUGUUGUUUUCAUCUUCAUCUGCUCGGGUCUCUUUUACCCGACAGGCCAAGUCGUUCGCUGAUGGACCGUCUGCAUCAGCUGAUGAUCAGAGCAGAAAUCUUAGACCCAGGAGAGGAAAUGCAGGGAAAGGCAUCCCAAGGAAACGACGCCAUUUCUAUGAGAUUCUUUCCGAAGACUUGGAUCCAUACUGGGUUUUGAACCGGAGGAUAAAAAUAUUUUGGCCACUGGAUGAGAGUUGGUACUAUGGCCUUGUGAAUGAUUACAAUUCGGAAACUAAGCAUCAUCUCAUAAAGUACGAUGACCGAGAGGAGGAAAUUGUUAAUCUCCUAGAUGAGAAAUUCAAGCUUUUGCUUCUCCCUAGUGAGGUUCCUGACAAUUCGAAAAGUAAGCGGAGAAGGGCCAAAGAUUUACAUAGUGGACAAACAGCUCCAUCAGCGGGUGAUGAUAGCUGUACAAGGGACCCUCUUGAUUCUGAACCCAUAGCGUCAUGGCUUGCUAGUCAAUCUCAUCGUGCCAAAGCUCCACCAAAAUCUUUAAAGAGACAGAGGACUUCACUGAAGCACCUUCCUUUGGCCUCUUCAUUGUCAUCCGAGAAAACUGACUACUCAAAUAGUGAUGUAGUUGACUCAAUGAUAUUUAGAAGUAAUCCAGAUUGUGAAUCUGCAUCAGUAGAUAGCUUACUUGAUGGCCAAAGGGGUAAUAACUCUCUGCAUACUCACACAUCUCCAAGUGAGAAACAUGUGGUUUAUGUUAGGAAAAAAUACCGUAAGGCAGUUGAAGGAGGUAAUUCUGUGUCUAGAGCUGUUAAAGCGUGUAGAACUUCUCCAUGGACUGUACCACCACUUUCCCCUGUUGGUGUUGGCUGCCGACCUUCUAAAGGAGGAUCUGGCAAGCUACUAUGGUCAUUUGACUGUCAAGGCAAAUUAAGACUGAAAGAUGCUUUUCUGGAAUCUGACCAAUUCAAAUUCGAGAUUUGCUUACCUGGAUUACCAUGUCUAGGGACUUCAUUUGAAUCAGGGAUUUUUUCACUGCUUCAUGACAUACUUAUGCUUCAACAUGGGGUGUUGGUGGCCAGUUCUCCUGCUGUUGUCCUGGAAAUGCUUUUUAUAGAUACUAAUUAUGGCAUGAGAUUUCUCUUAUAUGAAGGCUGCCUGAAACAGGCUGUAGCUUUGAUCUUACAGAUCUUGAUUGUCUUUAGUCAAUUUGAUGAAAAGUGUAAUGACGGCAUGAAAUUACCUGGAACCUCAAUAAGGUUCCAACUUUCUAGUUCUCAAGAUCCAAGGAAACAGCAUGUGUUUGAAUUCUACAGUUCCUCCAAGCUAAAAUGUUCAAGAUGGCUUUACCUGGACUCGGAGAUUCUGCAACAUUGUUUGCUCAUUAAACAGCUGCCCAUCUCAGAGUGCACGUAUGACAACAUUAAGGAACUUGAAUGUGGCAAUUUCCAGUCAUGCGUACCUUGUAAUGGUUUAAAACACUCGUCAAAUGAGGGUUUCAAAAAGAAAUAUGUUUCUGGCAUUUUGCCAAUGGGUAUUUCCCGAGAAGCCCGUAAUAAAAGGAUGACUCAGUCUGCUUUUAGUCUGGCCGCAAAGCCUGGAAAAGUGCCUCAAUUCGCUCUUUCCUUUUCUGCUGCACCAACUUUCUUUCUAACUCUACAUCUCAAGCUACUGAUGGAACAUAGUUUUGCUUGGGUUAAUCUCCAACAUCAGGAUGCUCUCUGCUCUUCAGAAAGUUCUGAUGCUAUUUGUCAACCAGGUGCAGAAUGUGCUCGAUUUAAACCCAGAUUCAGUGCUCUUCAAAAUGGUACUACUGGUAAUAAUAUCAGAAAAUUGGAUGCUAAAGCUCCUGGUCUCAUUGGUUUUCAACAAGAUUCAGGAAGAGGUGUUAUCUUGGCAAGCAAUGCUGCUGAGAAUGCACGUUCCUCUAAAAAUAUCCAGAGGGAGAAUCCUGAGAUUGAUGGAAGGGGUGGAUGUCUCAAAGAAUUUGCUGGAAAUGCAUCAUCCAAAAUUAUUAGUCAACCAUGCCAGGAUGAGCCUAGGAAAGAAGCGCACCAACUGAUUGAUGCACCCGAAGUUUCAUCUAUGCCUACUUCAAUCACAUCUCAAACUCCCGCCCCUAGGAUUAAUUCCACACCUGGUGCCCUGAGAGUUGACAUUCCAUCUUCUGAAUCAAGGCAGGCCUCUGAUGUGGAUUGGAAAGUGCAUGAUGAAUUUAUGCAUAAACCCAACACUAUAGGCUUCAGAAGCUCAUGGCAGCAUAGUGGAAGCAACUCAGUUUCUUCUCCAUUUGGACAUAAGCCCCCAGUGUGGCCUGAUGGAAGCCCAAACUUCAAGCCCAAUGGAUUCAGUAAUGGACCAAAGAAGCCACGCACUCAAGUUCAAUACACAUUGCCUUUUGUAGGUUGUGAUAUCAGUGAAAAGCAAAAAUCGCCAAGCACAAAAUCUCUUCCUUGCAAACGAAUUAGGAAAGCUAGCCUGAAGAGGAUAUCUGAUGGUUCUGGUAACAACCAGAAAAAUGUGGAGUUGCUUCAGUGUGUUGCAAAUGUACUAGUCACCAUUGGGGACAAAGGAUGGAGAGAAUGUGGAGCACAUAUUGUUUUGGAAGUUGAUGAACAUAAUGAAUGGAGAUUGGCUGUCAAACUUUCUGGGGUUACAAAAUAUUCCUAUAAGGUUAAACACAUUUUACAGCCUGGGUCUACCAACCGCUACUCACAUGCUAUGAUGUGGAAAGGAGGGAAGGACUGGGUACUGGAGUUUCCCAACCGGAGCCAGUGGAUGCUUUUCAAGGAGAUGCAUGAGGAAUGCCACGAUAGGAAUAUCCGUGCAGCAUCCGUAAAGAAUAUCCCCAUCCCUGGAGUACGUCUGGUUGAGGAGAGUGAUGAUCAUGGAAAUGAAGUUCCUUUUGUUCGGAAUCCUAUAAAGUAUUUCCGACAAGUCCAAAGUGAUGUAGAAAUGGCAAUGGAUCCUUUGCAUAUUUUAUAUGACAUGGAUAGUGAUGAUGAACAGUGGUUGAUGGCACACAAUAGUCGUGCUGACAAACAUGAUGAGAUAUCUGAGGAGUCCUUGGAGAAGGCGAUAGACAUGUUUGAAAAAGUUUCCUAUUCUCAGCAUCGGUUGAACUUCACAGAUGAAGAAAUUGAAAAGCUUCUGACUGGAAUGGGGUCAACUGGGGCUGCGAAAGUUAUACAUCAAUACUGGAGGGAGAAGAGGGAGAAAAUUGGCAUGUCUUUAAUAAGACAUCUGCAGCCUCCACUUUGGGAGAGGUAUCAACAACAGCUGAAAGAUUGGGAGCACAAGGUUUCUCCUGGAUUAUAUGCCUUUUCUGCUGGUAGUCAGGGGAAGGUUCCUCCUGAAAAGCCACCCAUGUUUGCAUUUUGCUUAAGACCACGGGGCUUGGAGGUUCCCAAUAAGGGUUCCAAACAACGGUCUCACAGGAGACUUCCAGUUUCUGGACACCAUCAUGCUUCCUUGGCAGACCAGGACGGUUUUAUAUAUGGGAGGAGAUCCAAUGGCCAUGUUUUCGGAGAUGAGAAGAUGUUGUACGCAAGCAGUCUCCAUCACGACUAUUCCGAUGUUUCACCAUCAACGAGGGUACUGUCUCCACGAGAUGCACAUUUCUACUUGAGCACCGGACCGUCAGGCAGCCCAAAGUUUUAUAAAAACAAAUCAAAGAAGCUCGGAUCAUACCCCUCUUAUAGCAACCAGCAGAUGAUGAUCCCCUACACCCCCAGGUCAACAGGGAAGAGAAACGCGAGCCAGCAAUGGAACACGGGUGUGCCCGAAUCACCCAGUCAGAGGCCUUAUUUCCUCGAAGGACCUGAUAGUUACGAUCUUCCCGAGUUCAGGGUACGUGAUGCAUGUGGCGCAGCGCAGCUCGCGUAUAAAAUGGCCAGGCUCAAGAGGGAAAAGGCUCAGAAGCUGUUCCACAGAGCUGACACAGCUGUCCAGAAAGCUGUGGUUGCUCUGAUGAAUGCAGAGGCCGUCAAAGAGCCCUUUGAUGGCGACUCGAUCGACAUAAAUUAGGAAAGAAGACGGCGUGGUUCUUGUUCCGUUCGAGGAGAAUAACUCUCCCAUCAGCCGAGAGGGCACGAUCCUAUCAUCGUCCUCGUCUCCGCUGUGGGUGCAUAGAAAGCCGCGGCUUUCCGAUAAGCGAGUUUCGAUACUUUGUCCAUAAUAUAAAGUCAUUUGUAGCGUGAUGGCUGGGCAAGAAUUUGUAGAUGGCGACCUGUCACCUCUGCCUAGUCUGAUA